CCUGGCCCCGCGCCCCGCGGUGGUGCAGCCCGCCGCUCCGCCUAGCCUGCUGGCUCCGCCGCCUCGACUCCUCAUUGGCCGGCGGGAUGGAUGGGGUGGAGAGCCGCGUUUCUAUUGGCCGUCGGGCCGCGUGGGGCGGGGCGGUGGGGGCCCGGCCGGUGGGGCGGGUUGCGUUGCGCUGCGCGGCGGUAGGGUCUGCGGCCGUGGGGAGGCAGGAAAAUGGCGCUGACGCAGGGGACCAAGCGGAAAGUCUGCUACUACUACGAUGGUGAUGUUGGAAACUAUUAUUAUGGCCAGGGACACCCCAUGAAGCCCCACAGGAUCCGGAUGACCCACAACCUGCUGCUGAACUACGGCCUUUACAGGAAGAUGGAGAUAUAUCGCCCUCACAAGGCGAACGCGGAGGAGAUGACCAAGUACCACAGCGAUGACUACAUCAAGUUCCUGAGAUCCAUCCGCCCAGACAACAUGUCUGAGUACAGCAAGCAGAUGCAGAGAUUUAACGUCGGGGAGGACUGCCCUGUGUUCGAUGGGCUGUUUGAGUUCUGUCAGCUCUCUGCUGGAGGCUCAGUUGCCAGUGCCGUGAAGCUGAACAAGCAGCAGACAGAUAUUGCUGUGAAUUGGGCAGGAGGCCUUCACCACGCUAAAAAGUCAGAGGCUUCUGGCUUCUGCUAUGUCAACGAUAUUGUCCUGGCUAUCUUGGAGCUCUUAAAGUAUCACCAGAGGGUCCUGUAUAUCGACAUUGAUAUUCACCAUGGAGAUGGUGUGGAGGAAGCCUUCUAUACCACAGACCGUGUGAUGACCGUGUCCUUUCAUAAGUAUGGAGAGUACUUCCCAGGAACAGGGGACCUGCGGGACAUUGGUGCAGGCAAAGGCAAGUACUAUGCUGUCAACUAUCCCCUCCGGGAUGGGAUUGAUGAUGAGUCCUAUGAGGCAAUAUUCAAGCCGGUGAUAUCUAAAGUGAUGGAGACAUUCCAGCCUAGUGCAGUUGUCCUGCAGUGUGGGUCAGAUUCUCUGUCUGGAGACAGGCUGGGUUGUUUUAAUCUGACCAUCAAAGGUCAUGCCAAGUGUGUGGAGUUUGUCAAAAGUUUUAAUUUGCCUAUGCUGAUGCUGGGAGGAGGAGGCUACACGAUCCGCAACGUGGCCAGAUGCUGGACCUACGAGACUGCUGUGGCUUUGGACACUGAGAUCCCAAAUGAACUCCCAUAUAAUGACUAUUUUGAGUACUUCGGACCAGACUUUAAGCUGCACAUCAGUCCCUCAAACAUGACUAACCAGAAUACCAAUGAGUAUCUCGAGAAGAUCAAGCAGCGUCUCUUUGAGAAUCUGCGCAUGCUGCCUCAUGCCCCUGGCGUCCAGAUGCAGCCAAUUCCUGAGGAUGCUGUUCAGGAAGACAGUGGAGAUGAAGAGGAAGAAGAUCCUGAGAAGCGCAUUUCAAUCCGCAAUUCUGAUAAGAGAAUAUCCUGUGAUGAAGAAUUCUCUGACUCUGAAGAUGAAGGGGAAGGAGGGCGCAAAAAUGUUGCUAACUUUAAGAAGGCCAAGCGUGUGAAAACAGAAGAGGAAAAGGAGGAGGAGGAGAAGAAGGAUGAGAAAGAAGAGGAAAAAGCAAAAGAGGAGAAAGCCGAACCCAAGGGGGUGAAGGAAGAGACAAAAUCCACCUAAGAUGGCUGCAGCUGGACAGUACCUGUCAGUGCAUAGUUAUCGUAGGUUAGCUUCUCUGGUUGCCUCCCAUUCCACAGGAUUUAUAUUUUAUAUAUGUUUCUGUAUAUAUUUCUAUAUAAAUAUAUAAAUGACUCGAGGACUGUAAAUUAUUCCUUGCUGCACUCUGCUGGGAGCAGACAGGGAGGACUCUGCAGAGUAGAGAGACCCGCACUGCCCAGGAUUGGUGACUGGGAAGUUUCACUCUUUGCCUUCCACUGCCUCCUUAGUGUGUCUUUAAAAAAGAAUCACUUCCUUUCUUUGCUCUCCUCUGAAGUAACCAUCCUUGAAAAUGAAUAAUUUAAGUAGAAGUAGUAUCUGCAUUUCAGGUUAGGUGGAAAGAUGGCCAUGAAACUUUUUUUUUUUCUUCUUCUUUUCCUUUCUCUUUUAUUUUUUUUGUGUGGGAGAUAUGAAUUCCCAAAUUAAGCCUGUGAGAGACUGAGUGUUCCUUUGGUCUUCAGUCUGAUUCCACCAUGGCAAGUAACUGCAAGCUGGUGCCGCUUCUCAGGGUCAAAUAGUGCAGUUCUUGAACAGAGUUGGCUACCUCCCUGCAGCAAACUUGUGGAAAGAGAUGAAGCAGCUUACAAGCAGAUCAGAAAACGGCUUGAGUGAAUCUGCCCAAGAGCCCUGCAGGUAUAGAUCUGGAAAAUGCACAGUGAAAAUCCCUGAUGUGGUGGUGAACGUUUUCCAGGAGAUGGCAGAUCUCGUUAGCGUGGCAGCGCUGUGCACUGCAAAUAGGAGAAGGGAUGGAAUCUCUGUACACUUGUUUCCUAUAGCUGUGCCCCUCUUUGCAGGGGGAGGUGAGUUUCUGCCCAUCUGGCUGCCUGCUUCACUCUUUCUGCUUCUGCCCUCAGCUACAUGUGCUGUAAUUGCUUCUCAGUACUGAUCUGUGACCUAGCUGAAACCACAGCAGAACAGGACAGACAGACAGAGCCCAGCUGAUGCCUCUGCUCCUCCUGUAUCACUCACAGAAACUCUGAAGUAGACAUGUUUUCAAGUGGAACUUUUCCUCUCUUUGCUCUCAAGGCCAGUAAAUUCGGAGAACCUUUUUAUCAGUCUGAGCUGUUAUCUGUACAAGGAAACAGCAGAUGGGGCUCUGUACAUUUUUAUAACUACUCCUCUUCCUACUCCCACGUGUUAUCUCACACCCAAAGGUCUUUUGUGAUCAGAGCUGGCCUUUCUCACACCUUGCUUUGUACAGCUGAGCGUGAGAUGAGCGUUCCAUGAAAUGCUUCGCUGAGCUCCAACUUUGCAGAAGUUUUGCAGGCAGUUCUGACUUGCUGCUCUCCUUUCUCAGGGGGAUUCCUCUGUCCAUAAGAGGAUCUGUACCUCCCACGGAGUGCUGCUGGUGGUUUCAACUCUAAUAAUGCUGCUAACUUAACACAGGUUAUUUUUAAAAUGUUUUAUUUUUUUAAAUGCUUUUUUUUUCCCCCCUUUUCCACCGUAAGUUUUGUAGUCUCUUGGAACCCGAGUGACAUCUCACUCCUGCUCUUCAGUGUUUGUAUGUGAAGCGAGAGAGAUCAGUGUAUCUUUGUGUCUUGGGGAGGGGGAGGGAAAUAUAUUGUGGUUUUUUAAAGAUGCUUUUAUUUUAAAUUUUGAGAAUCUUUGUAAUAAAACGUACAUUUCUAUGGUU